GUCCAACGUCAUAUGCACCGCCCAACCCAGCUCUCAUUUGAUCGUGCAAAGCCCAACACGCCCGCGCCCACGACCACGCCCACUCUGCCGGGCCGUGUCGGCGACAUGUCAGCAUCCGUGGCGGGGAGACCCCAUCCUGGCCGGUCCUGGCGCUUUUGUCUUUUUUGUCUCGCAGCCGGCGUCUGGGCAGCUGGGGUGGCCAUGAUGGCGCGCUUGGGAAGACCCAGAAGCAAAGCCUCAGAGCCAGCCAGGUCUCACGCCUGGGUCACCCCGGCCACCCUUCAUCUCCAGCCACGCAUGGUGCCACCAGCAAUACGGCAUCGCCCGUGCCAGCGCCGCUAGAAGCACAGAAAAGACCUGGAUGGGGAUGAUUCAUGGGACGAACGAGCAGCAUGUGCAGGCCUGACUCAUCAUCUCCCGUCUGCGGGGGAAGGGAAAACAGGCCCAGCAUGCGAUACCAAAAGUCACAAAGGACAACACGGCAUUGUGGUACCUCGAGGCAAGCAGGCCGCCUGUUUCUCUCAUCACACCCUGCCAGCGCACAGCAAAGCUUCUUCGACGCCAUCAUCGCACGAGAUACGGGAAUUCGGCCGGAUCAGCCCUCACCGUCGUAUCGCAGCCAUCAUACAACCAUGCCAUGUCGAUCCCGGCCUAGGCGCCCUCGGACCCGAAACAUCGACCGGCAGAUAUGCGUUUGGGCAGAGGGAAAGGGUGGGGAGGGGGGCUUAGGUAAGUACAUUGGUGGUGGGCGUUAGGAACACGGGUCCCCUCGUGUGGCACCUUACACUGCAUGAGCCGCGGAACGUCUAGCUUGCUCCUUUGGGAGACUCAGAGGUCCCACCUGGGACGAGCACGCCCACGCCCACGCGAGGGCGAGCCGAGAACCCUGCUCACGAGACGCCGUGUCCAUGCCUGCUGCGUUUUCCCUUGAUCAAGACCAUGAUGUGACACGUUGGGCAAGAGUUCCCGAGCGAUAGUAUCCUCCAAAGCAGGGCCGUUUUGCCUCCGCGUCGUGCAACACUACUGCAGUCCCGCUCAGGUCAUUCGGCCCCGGGUGUGCAACGGCUGCCUCAUCACGUCCUUUUUUCUUUCCUGUCGUGCACACGAGGCUUGCCACGGUGAUAGUCAUGCUUGGCUGGCUCUGCUGUUGUUGCCCGCCUUCCACUAUCGGCCAGGUCGCGCCGGUGUCCUGAUGAACCCGAGACAUCUCCAUGUAUACUUCACGUCAUGGGAGACGAGGUGGCGGUGUAGGACACCAUCG